AUGGAGUUGUCUAUGUAUGUAGCGAUGUGGCGCCUUAUCGUAAUCCUAGGAUAUCUUAUCCCUGGAGUGAUCAGUCUGUCCUGUAAGCCUCGUGCUGGUGGAACGCCAGUACCGCUUGGAGUUUUUCUCACAAGCAAACUACCUCAUUCACUUGGUCAACAGCCGUUCGACGCUAAACCUGCAAUAAAGUUAGCGUUGAAUUAUAUUCAAAAUCACUCAUGUAUUCUCGACGGUUUCAAACUGGAACUGAUCUACAAAGAUACUCAGUGCAAAACCUCGCUUGGUAUGAAGGCGUUGUUCGAUCUGAUCGCCUCACGUCCUCGUCCGGUGGCGCUGUUUGGGGGAAUGUGCACUGAGGUGAACGAGCCCGUCGCAAUGGCUCUCAAAUACUGGCAAGUAGUUCAGCUGAGCUACGCAGAGACUCAUGCAAAGUUCGGUACUGCAGACUCACAAGAGGUAUAG